UGUAUUUUCAGCGAUGAUGUCGUUACCCAGCCAACCUCGACGACUUUGCUCGUCAACAGCUAAAAACUUCGUCCUAAAAACUACUACCCAAAAGAUAAGAGUAUCUAGCUUAAAUUUACUGCUGUUUCUGGUAAGGAGAUAAAGUAUCGUCAGUAUUUAGAUCUAAAUGGUGGAAUUGUAAAGAUGGUGGACACGAAUAGAUGUCCAUUGGCUUUGCUCAGUCCUGAAGGAUACUACCAUGAACUUCAAGGACCUACGUUCUUUAUAGGAAGACAUCACAACGUACAAUUAAUGCUUAAGUCGAGGAGUGUUGACAAGGAGCAUGCUGUGAUAACGGCUCUGCCUGAUCAAGGGAUUUAUUUUAUUCAUGAUCUGGAGUCUUUGAAUGGGACAUUUGUCAAUGAGAAGAGAGUGCAACAAGCUGAGCUGAGAUUGAAAGACACCAUCAGAUUUGGAUAUGAUACGAAUACCUUCCGAGUAGAUUUGCUCCCAUGUGAAGACCCUAAACUAACAAUGUUUGAGGAAAAUAAUAAUACUCAAGGUGGUAUGACAACAUGUCAUGAUUAUCUACAGGAUACUGAAUAUGGUUUGAAUGAAUCGCCAAACAUUUCCUCAGAUCAAGUUAUGUCCAGGUUAUGUCACAACUGUGGAUCAAAAGCAGCUGAUGCUGAUAGGCUGACUACUAUUGUCAAAGGAAGCAAGUUGUAUGGACAACCAUCUUGGUGGGGCUGGGAGUCUUCAGAUGAGGAAUUCUAUACCUACCCCAACUGUGCUACUAUUGUCACACAGGCUGGAACAUUAGCUAUACCGACACAGCAUUGUACUGUUCUACAAGCAAGGAUACAUAGGAAUAAAGCUAAAAUAAAACACUCUUUAAAGUCAGGAUCUAGUUAUACUAAAGAUGCAAUGCUAACUACAGCACCCGAGGAGGAUAGAGAGGUCUUUAAGGAAUGCCGUCCAUCCUCGUACCCUCCGUCAGUACCGUUAUCAUCUAAUGGGCUUCAACAGCUUGCUCACCCUGUUUAUAAAGUACCAACAUUUGGAGCCUGGGAAACUGUGCCUCAAGGACAUUUUGCUGAAGGAACUGAGGAUUUAGGCUUGGAUGGGGAUGAGAAACUUUUAAGGACCUCUCUUUCUUUUCAUAUUCCACUCAUGCCAGAGUUUGGGGAGAUCCCUGAAAAACCUGUGAGUGAGAAGAGUAGUAAGUCAACAAGAAGGAAAAGUAACAAAAAACAGUUCACAUCAGAUCUGUCUUGUAGCUCAAGUUUCGCGAGUGAAGCAAGUGAUGAUGACAGGACUCAGCCAACACCGGACCACCCUGGACGUGUGUUUGGCAUGACUGAAGUGAAUACCCAGGAAAAUAUUGAUGUACAGAACAAUGAACACUGGCCCAAAGGAAUAAAGUUUGGAAAACUAGGUUCACGUGUUAAGGUCAAGACGUCUGGUCCAAAAGCAUCCACUCCCCGCUCUGUUACGGAAACUGAUAAAUCUAACCGCGUUCAUGGCGUGACUACUUCAGGCACCAACGAGAAUAUCAGAACGCCAACCAAAAGCACACGUCCCGUAAGACGGGCCCCUUCAUCCGGGGGAUCAUCUGUUCCCAGUGACUGUGAGUCCAGAGAUUCAGACAGAUCUCAAAACCGUAGCGUAUUUACUAGUACAUCAGAUGACAGUGAUGGAGAACAAAAAGGGAGGACAGCGAGUAUGGAUGACAAGCGCGACAGUAUAGAAAAACGCAAGAAAAAAUCUUUGCGUGAGAAAGACAAGUAUUCAGGCGAACUAUCUGAUAAAACCCCCAGACCUUCAUCUAGUUCUAGUGCGCUGCCUCGUGCCAACAAGACCGCUAUGUUACGUGCACUAAACAGCCGUGAGGCUGUCAAAAACUCUGUUUCUUCAUCGGGUAGUCGUUUACAUUCAUGUAAAAAACCACGACAUAGACAUUCUACCCCCGCAGCGACGUCCAACAGGGAUAAUUCACCCGUGGAUUCGAGUUCUUCGCUUAGAAUAUGGAGUCCGAGUAUCAGAAAAUCCCCUACAUUGAUAUCACCCAAGUCAAAGAGACCGUUAAGUGGAGGUUCUACUCCGAGAAGUUCUCGUACCACUAAUCAUUUAUCCGGUGAUUACGAGCCCCAGGCAGCAGUGGAGGCUAUAUUUGAAUCCACUAAAAAAUCAACGUAUGUCUUGCCAAAAGAAUUGCAGAUGAACAGGAAUGACGUGAAGAAUAAAACGUUUGUGUUAGAAGAGAAAAUUGACCAGUCUAGUACCUCGUCAAAGAAAAACGAACAAACGAAAACACCAGACGCAGACAUUCCUGUCAUUUCAAAAAUAGGUACUAUAGAUAUACUUCCAAAGACACCCCCAGCCUCCAAAGAUAAUAAAACAGUUCCCAGGCCAUCCCAACCACCAGUCAAUGCGUGGAUGUCUUUACCAGAUAAAGGAAGAUCAACGUCCCCGGAGUCCCUUGUCUCGGUGCCUCCAGCUGCCUCACCCUCCCCUCCCUCGACACCGCGCUCGUCUGCUAAGACUCUCAUUCAGGAGAGAUUGAACUGCUGCUCCGCACCACCUCAAACUAGGCGACAGUGGGAUGUCACUGACAAGCCAAUCGAAGAUCUGAUGCUGUCCUCUGUUCAUGCUUUCACCGUUGAGCUGCGUCUUGCAUCUGAGUCGGUUCUUUCUAAAGCCAGAGAUCUUUACGAGUUUGUCUCAGACGAGACGACGGAACGAAACAAGGGCGACGUUUUAGGYUCGAAAGGUAAACAAGACAGUCAUAGUAAUAUGCCUGAAUGGAAAAGCUCUCAUGCGGAGAUCGCUGGGGUUUUUCGAAAUCUUCGACGUGUGGAGUUUAAUCUCAAAACGAUGGACCAAGCUCUUUCUUUUCUUUGUUCGGCGUCAGGAAAAGAAACAUGUAAAAGUCAAAGUCGGCCACGUCUUCCCGAACGUUUGGGGCAAAAUUCUCAAAAUUGGAAGGAUUUUAAAGUUCGAGCAAGGACUUCUUCCUGGGCAGAGGAAAACAAGAGCAGAUUCCCCACAGGAYCCCCCUCAGAUGACGAAGAAGUUACAAGUCCUUGAAGACUGAAGCGCGUCCAGUUUGUCCGGUAUUCAUUUGAAUAUAGAAUUUCUAGCUCAUUCCACAACAGAUGUUCCUCGUCGCGUCGCGUGCAAAGCACGCGGAUAGGACAACCGCGAUGUUCGUUAAAACGCAUCCUUCRUUCCUUCCUUCUGUACUUUUUAUACUUAAAAUGCUCUAAAAGUAUUUAUAUUGUAUUUAUAAAUGACAAGCAAUUUAUUUUAUAUAAAAUUUGGAGAUAAUAUAACACAACGAUCUUCACAAUUAA